AGAUCAAAACAUCAAUACUACUAAACUUGAUCUAGACCACGUCGCGCCCGCCAUUGCUCGCAAGUUGUAGUGAUCCAUGGAUUCAUCUGAGCUCUACCAUGUCAAGCAGCAGUUCUUUUUAGGCGCCUACAAGUCCCUCAUUGACCUCCCCCUUCCUGUUUCGUCUUCGUCUGACUACAUACCCACGCUGGUGUACAAGGCCCGUUCUCACAUCGCUCUCAACGACACCUCUGCAGUCGCUUCUAUCGUGCCUGCGGGUUCGGAAAACGUCUCACUCAGGGCCGUUUCUGCCCUCGCCCGUUAUGUAUCUGGAUCAGACGAUGAGGCGGCACUAGAGGAGCUUCGCGACCUGGCUGUUGAGAUUGAGGGUGACGAUGUGGACGGGAGCGAUAGGGAUAAAAAUUCGGUCCGUGUGAUGGCUGGAACCGCAUUUGCGCGUGCCGGAGAGAUUGAGGAAGCUUUGGAGACGUUGGGCUCAGAAACUGAAGACUUGGAAGCGGUGGCCGUCGUCGUACAAAUCUACCUUUCUAUCAACCGGCCUGAUCGUGCGAAGAAGGAGUUUGAGCGAGCAAAACAUUGGGCUGAAGAUGAUCUACUUCUUCAGCUCAUAGAAUCAUCCAUCGGUCUUGUAGCGGCCAAAGAUGGAUACUCCAACGCGAACUCGUUCUAUACCGAACAACUUGGAAACCCCUCCUUAUCUUCACCACACAUUCUCACCGCACGCGGCGUUACACGUGUACUGCGGAACGAAGUAGCUGAAGCUAAAUCGGACCUCGAGGAGUCGCUGGGACAGCAGAAGGAUGACGCGGAGACUUUGGCUGCGUAUGUCGUUGCUUCUGGCAUUGACGGCAAGCGCGGUGAAAGUGAUGAACUGUGGAUGCGUUUGACAACUGAGCAUCCCACCCACCCUCUGGUUGUUGAUCUUGCGGAGAAAUCGCAGCUAUUCGAUGUGGCUGCUGCGCAGUUUGUAGUACCUCCUGCUGCUGCUGUCUAGACCGCGCUCUGUUUGGGAAGCCACUCGCACUUUUGUUAUCAAUUUCAUUGCAUUUGUCACGGCCUUCAGCGCUUCAGCACCCGACUUUCCUCGAGUGAUGUCCAGUACCUGCCUCGGCCUUGAUUACUCCAUCAUCGCUUGCUGGUUCUGACAUAGAAAAUGCUAGCCUUCUUCAAUGGUGGAAUGCGGUCCAUCACAAUCUGCUCCAAAUGCGGCAAUAGUGAUGCCGUAAACUUGACUGUUCGCGUCUUCGUUCGCUUCGUGCAGAUGGGAAAUGACACGAGCUCGACGGUUAUAAGGUGGACGCUCUUCACUAGUCUCCUCUACCAUCUCCCUGCCUACGUACUCGGCCAUGAAUCGUCGAACGUCGUUCUUCCGUCGCGCGCCCUCCACCACUUCAUCGGGAAAGGCUAAGGAGACAGCGUCCACCGCCAACAGUUCUUCGGAAGGCAAAGCCAAGGACUCUUCGGCACCCAGCCCACCAUCAACGUCACCUGCUGCGACUGCAAAUAUCUUCAGCCUUCUCACUGAUCAAGUCAAGAAAGGGAUUCACGCGGUGGAUACGUCUAGCUUUGCUGCUGUCGUGGAUGCCAUCAGAAACACAGAGUCCAUCGAUGAUAGAGCUCUCGCGCUUGAGCAUGCGUUGACCUUCAUCUCGCGACUGCCCGAGGGCAAGUUCGCCACCGGCCUUGAUAACAAAGCCGUUCAACUUCUGUACAACGACUUGUCGCACCCGAACUCCACCAGCGUCGGCGACAAGUAUGCUUGGCGAACGGCUGAUGGAUCCCACAACAAUGUCAAUCUCCCGCAAAUGGGCGCGGCGGGGACGCCGUACGCGAGGAGUGUUCAACAGAGCCAUCCCCUCCCCAAGCACGCUCUUCCAGAUCCUGGUCUGAUCUUCGACACGCUCCUGAGGCGCGAUGGUUUCGUGGAGCACCCCGCUGGACUGUCUUCCCUUAUGUUCGGUUUCGCUGCUCUAGUCAUCCAUAGCGUAUUCAGAACUUCGCACACGGACGUCAACAUCAACGAGACCUCCUCGUACGUUGAUUUGUCUCCGCUCUACGGGCACAACCAGGAGGCGCAAGACAAAGUGCGCAACAAAGAUGGCCGAGGGAUGUUAUACCCCGAUGUCUUCGCUGAGGACCGUCUGCUGCUUCUCCCCCCAGCGGUUUGCGCGAUCUUGGUGUUGUUCAGUCGGAAUCACAAUUAUAUCGUCGAACGCAUCUACGAGAUCAACGAACGUGGAACAUAUCAAGAUCCCAGUACGCUCUCGGGUGACAAGCUCCUCGCACAGGACGAAGAGUUGUUCCAAACCGGACGCUUGGUUAAUUGUGGAUGGUUUGGGUCUGGCAAGUGGUCUCUCGAUCUGCUUCUUCGCUUCUUACCCCAUGACCAGUGGUGUUCUCGGACUACUUCUCCUCGAUCUUGGGGUUGCUCCGAGACGGAAGCAGUUGGAGUCUGAACCCCUUUGGCGAAAUGCGGUCCCCUGACCAUUCCAUCUUUGAACGUGGGCAGGGCAAUGUUUGCAGUGUCGAGUUCAACUGCUUAUACCGCUGGCAUGCGACGACAUCCAAAGCAGAUGAGGAGUGGGUUGCGGAAGUGUUCAGGGAGGUUUUCGAUGGAAAGGACCCUGAAAAGGUCACGCCUGCUGAUUUCAAGGCUGCGGCGUACAAAGUGCAAAAAAUGCAGCCGGACAUCCAGCAUUGGACCUUCGGGAGACUAGAGCGCCAGGCCAAUGGCACUUUCAAGGACUCGGAUCUUGCCGGCAUCCUGCAUAACGCGACGGAGAACCCGGCUGCUGCUUUCAGAGCUCGGGGCACUCCACCAUCCAUGAGGUUACAUGAGAUGAUGGGGAUUGAACAGAACCGGCGCUGGGGUGUCUGUAGUCUGAAUGAUUUCCGAAGGUACCUGGGCCUGAAGCCAUAUGCGACGUUCCUCGAAUGGAACCCGGACCCUAUCAUUGCCGACGCUGCGGAGAAGCUUUACGGCAACAUCGAGUCCCUCGAGCUGUACGUCGGAUUGCAAGCGGAGGAGGUUAAGCCUGUCGUGGACGGUGCCGGACUUUGCCCUGGUUACACCAUCAGUCGUGCGAUCCUCAGUGACGCCAUUGCCUUGACUCGCGGAGAUCGACACUUCACGCAGGACUACACGCCCUACAAUCUGACUGCCUGGGGCUUCGCAGACUGCCAGCGAGAUCCCGAUGCGUUCGGUUUCGGAAGCACUCUUGGACGGCUUUUCCUCCGCACACUUCCGAACAGUUUUACGGAGAACAGCGUAUACACCUUCUUCCCGUUGAUGACCCCCGGUGCCAUGAAGACCAACCUGACCAAGCUGCAUCUCGUCCAAGACUAUGACCUCACUCGGCCGCAGGACAUCGCUCCUCCAGUGUCGAUCCAGAACUACAACCAAAUUGCGGAGAUCAUGCAAAAUGGCAAAUUGAUUGCUCCCUAUGCGGAACGAGCCGCCAAGGUCGUCAAGGGCAAGGGUUUCUUCAUUGCCGAGGGUGAUGCUGAGCAAAAAGAAAUCUACACCAAGCUCUUCAACUACCCUGAGACCGAGAACAAGAUCGGCGCGUUCUUCCGCGAGAAGGCUGGGAGCUUGAUUGCAGAGCACUCGUUCACCCUUGUGGGCGGCAAGACCGCUGUAGUCGACGUCGUUCGGGACGUGCUCAAGGUCCUUCCUGUGUACUGGGCGGCAGAUAUCUCGGGCCUCACUCUCAAGACCAAAGAAACUCCGCACGGAGACUAUUCUCCCGCGGAUCUGUACGACAUGCUGAGUGAUAUCUAUUCUUACAUCUUCUUGGAUGGCGAAAAGGCCAAGAGCAUGAACUUGCGCACCCAAGUGCAGGGGCACAUCGAUGGCCUGCUGUCGCACAUCAAGUCCCAUCUUGGCUUGAGCUCCCGGCUUUCUGUCGUCGAGUCUCUGUUUACGAAGAAGAAGAACGAGCCGGAGCAGCACGAGAUCGUCAAGCGCCUGCGUGAGAUGGGCCAUGGAUCUGAGGCUGCCACCAUCAUCCUUGCUCUGAUGGUCGGGUCGACGGCGGAGCUUUCUUUGGGCCUCGUCAACAUGAUCAAUACGUUCCUCGACACGGAUGCUGAUGCGAAGGUCCGCUCCGCGGUUGCGUCCAAGAGCGAUCUGGACGGUUUCGUUCAUGAAUCCCAGCGACUCGAUCCUCCAUUCCAGGGAGUCUACCGCACUGCUACCGACGAUGUGACAGUUGGGGGAACCAAGUUUAACAAAGGCACCCGCAUCUUCCUGGACGUCGGCGAUGCCAGUCUCGACACGAGUGUCUUCCCAGAGCCGACGGUCAUUGAUCCGAGUCGCCACCCGGAAGCAGGCUACAUCCAUCCAGAUGGAGCAUUCAAGUACCUGGGCGAGAAACUGACUUUGCGGAUCAUGUCCGAAGUUUUGCGCUCGGUUUACUCUUUGAAGAAUGUCGCCCGCGCGCCGGGUCAAUCUGGCAAGCUCAAGAGAUUCAAGGACGGAUCGCGCCCAGAUUUGCGCUACGGAUAUCUUGAUGAUGCGAUGUUUGUUUGUCCCUGGCCCACAAGCAUGGCCAUCCAGUACGAUGUUUGAGCGAGGAAAUUGGACGGAGAUGCUUUCUCAGUAGUUUGUCACGCGUAUCCUCACUAUGCAUGAAUGUACUUGACCGAAAUGGACUUGCGUUUGACUCAAUGGCAG